CGAAUGGAACCUGAACUCUGCCGUAAAGCGCUCCAUGACAACAUGCUGAUGUCCCGCUGAAGUCUGUUCUACAUUAUAUUUUUUUACAUAAAUUCUACAUUACCCUGACGAAAGUCAGGGUAUCACUUAAAGUGCUUAUAUCUGUAGUGAGAACAUGAGCGCGCACGCUCUGCUGGUUCUGUACGGGAGUCAGACGGGCUCAGCGCAGGACACCGCGGAGCGGAUCGGCCGCCAGGCGCAGAGGAGGCGGAUGAGAGUCCGAGUGGAAGCUCUGGACAGUUAUAAUGUGGCAAACCUGAUCUCAGAGUCUCUGGUAGUGUUUGUCUGUGCCACCACAGGACAAGGGGAUCCUCCAGACAAUAUGAAGAAAUUCUGGAGAUUCCUGUUCAGGAAGUCUUUGCCUGCUGACUCUCUUUGUCGUCUUGACUGUGCUGUGCUGGGCCUUGGAGACUCCUCGUAUCCAAAGUUUAACUUUGUUGCUAAGAAGCUCCAUAAGCGUUUGCCUCUGCUUGGUGCUAAUAUGCUGCUGCCUGUUGGACUGGCUGAUGAUCAACAUGAUCUGGGGCCAGAUGGUGUGAUUGACCCCUGGUUGAUUUCAUUCUGGCAGAAAACCCUGUCUCUCUACCCUCCUCCAGCUGGCCUCGCUCCACUCCGUGAGGAAGAAAAACUUCCACCCCGAUACGUUUUCCACUUCCUAGAUGAAGUCCCAGACAAGCAGACCGAGCAUCUCCAGACCCCUCCCACCCCACUGCAGCCUUUCCCAGCUCCAGUUGUGUUCAAUCAGAGAGUGACUCAUCCUUCACACUUCCAGGAUGUCAGGCAUAUCGAGUUCGAUAUCACCGGCUCCAACAUACAGUUUUUGUCUAUCUCUGACAGGUACAGUGCAGGAGAUGUUGUAAUGAUGAGACCCUGUAAUGCUGCAGAGGAUGUAGAGCAGUUCUGUCAACUAUUGAAACUUGAGCCAGAGAGAUACUUCACACUAACUCCCACUGACAGCAGCACGGCAGCAGUCCCUGCCCGUCUUCCUCAGCCCUGCUCCGUUCGCUUUCUGGUGGAACAGUUCCUGGACAUUUCUGCUGUUCCACGCCGUUCCUUCUUUGAGGUGUUGGCAACUUUUGCCACUAAUGAGCUGGAGCGUGAUAAACUUUUGGAGUUCAGUUCCGCUCAGGGUCAGGAUGCUCUUCACUCCUACUGCAACCGACCCCGUCGAACAGCCCUGGAGGUACUGGCAGACUUCCCUCACACUACAGCCCAGUUGAGCAUUGACUACUUGUUGGAUCUUUUUCCAGAAAUUCAGCCUCGCUCCUUCUCUAUUGCCUCUUCUCUCUUGCAACACCCUAACCGCAUCCAGAUUUUGGUUGCUGUGGUGAAAUAUAAAAGCAUGCUUUUUAAGCCACGUAAAGGCCUCUGCUCUUCCUGGCUGGCAUCUCUGGACCCCUCUAAAGGAGAUGUUUACGUACCACUGUGGGUGAAGAAGGGAAGUUUGAGUUUCCCUCAGGACCCGGACACCCCUGUUAUAAUGGUGGGACCAGGGACUGGUGUGGCUCCCUUCAGAUCUGCCAUACAGGAGAGGGCUGCUCAGGGGAAGAUGGCUAAUGUGCUAUUCUUUGGCUGUCGGUCUGAAUCAAAAGACUUCUACUGUGGAUCAGAAUGGGAGGAGAAGGUGCAGGCGGGCCAGAUGAUCCUUGUCACAGCCUUCUCCAGAGAUCAGGAGGAAAAAAUCUAUGUUCAGCAUCGUGUGAAGGAACAAAGCAAACUUUUAUGGGAUCUGAUAGCAAAGAAGAAUGCAUUCUUUUAUAUAGCAGGGAAUGCCAAGCAGAUGCCUGCGAGCGUGUGUGACGCACUGAAAGAAGUAUUCCAGAAAGAGGGUGGCAUGUCAGAAAACCAGGCACAGGAGAUGCUGGAUGCCAUGGAGAAAGCAAAACGCUUUCAAAGUGAAACCUGGUCCUGAUCUCUCUAUUAAACAUAGCCUUAAUAUCCAACAGUCUCAUGUGUGAAAGUGAGUCUGGACUGAGAUUAAAUGAUGUUAAGAGUUGGGGUCUGACCACUUUCUUCUUCCGAGUUGUACCCCACUGCCUUUGACAAUACAGCUGCGAUCUGUAAGUGUAACUGAAGUUAAUAUGAACACACAGUAAACCAGGAAUUUGAUUUGAUAUUAGCUUUUAAGUAGGUAGUUACUGCUUCCUGUUUUCCAGUUAUGUUGUAUAAAACCAAAGGAUAAAGACU